AUGACCACAGGACUAGGAUGAGUAGUACUAAUUUUGCAUGGGGAACAAAGGUAAUAUAUAAUUAUAUACCACCAGUAUGGGCAAUAAGGAAGGUGGUCAAAAAGAACUUUACAUCGUCUAUGCUGGAUAGUCAUUGUCUUAUUUGCAGUCUUUUCCAUUUAACUUUCAUACACUUUAAAGGAAACCUGAUUUAAUAAAAAAAUGAAAACUGGAAUCAGGCAGCUUACACAUUCAAGGAAGAAACUCGUUUAUAAUACAUAGGUCAUAUGUGUCUGUUCCUUUCUGUUGCAUUAAAAGCUUAAAUGUUGUAGUUCAACUGUGUUUGAACUUUUGAUCAGCUGUAUUCCUGUUUGAUUAUGCUUGUUUGACCGCGGUAAGAAGCAGGCCCUGUCUGUCAGUCUGUCUGCCCACCUACCAACUUGUUUAUUUCGUUUACGUAACGAGCACAAUGUCUAAAAUAGAUCCGCUGAUACUUGUAAAUCGACACCUCGUGUUAUCAGUCCUCUCCGUUUCUGAGAGACUCUGACUCAGUGAUAUUUUCUCCCUGCAGUACCACGUUUGGCCGCUGAGAGGUCAACUUACAUAAAACGGACCAUUUAACGUCGUCCUUUAGUGUAUUUAGUCCGAUAUAUGUUGAUUCUGUGGACUGAAUGUUUUGUACGUUUCAAGAUCUAGAGAGGGCGGUGUUUUACUUCCUGUGGGGGUCCAAAUGGGAGCGUCUGCGACGGGAGGUGGUAAAGAAGAGGCCAGAAAAUGGAGGGAAGGGGCUCCCAGACCCCCACCUGUUUUUAGGAAGCAAGUUCAUCGCCCUGCACGUGCAGUAUGCAAUGACCCCAUCCAGAGACAACAAGACGGCAGCCAUGGCGAGGUUCUGGAUGGGGUCUUACCUGCAAAGUUUACGCAUUUUAACCCCAGAUCUUAGAACCCCCGUGUCUUUUACCCUGCCACCAGAAUAUGGUUUUAUUAAGAAAUUUUUAAGGAAAUAUUUUUUAGAAAAAGAAAAUGUCACCAUUUUAACUAAUGCAAAGUCUAUGGUCUCUCUUGUACAGGACCGGGAAGAAGUGAGCCCCGUUCCCGGCCUCACACUAAGUGAGGCCAAACAAGUUUGGAAGAACGCAGCCCACCCUGCUCUCCAGAACAAGCACAAAGACCUGUGCUGGUUGGCUGCCCAUGAGAUCCUCCCGGUCAGGGCCGUGAUGCACUCCCGGGGCAUGGGGACAAACCCGAUCUGCCCGCGGCCCGGGUGUGGCGAACCCGAGACCGUGCGGCAUGCGCUCUGGGAGUGCAGCGUGGCGAGGGACCUGUGGGGCAUGAUCGGCCCCCUGCAAUGCCCGAGCCUGCCGGCAGGGGCGGUCCACCCGCUGGUUUACCGACUAGCGGUGAACGGGGUGGGCCAGGGCACCGAAAAGUUACCAGCAGAAGAAUUCCGCCUUGUGGACCGCCCGCAACCUGCUGGGGGCACCGAGCGCCGCCAUUCGGAGGAGGGGGCCGGGGCCGCACGCAGGGGGGUCCAGACCACCACGGUCCCUGGCUCCCGUAGAUGCCCCCCCAAAGAGAAUGUGACACCACAAAGGGUGGAGCAGCGGGCAUGGAGAGAGGAUCUCCGCUGGAACAGAUAA